AUGUCAGCGAGCAAGGACUCUCCAAAUACUUCUCGGACCCGCCGAAGCAACAUCACGCAGAACAGGAAUACUCAAAAUACUGUUCAAACCCAACGGACCCGCUCAUCGGCUGGCAGACCCACUCUGGACCCGGCUAGGGGCGGGCCACUAUGGUCGGAGUCAAUUCCAAACGCCUCAAAUACUCCACAGUUAGAAUCAAUCUCGGAGAGGAAAACCCCUUUGUCAUUUCGGAUACGGGGUGUAUCCUCCUCCUACGGCAAGGAGGAUAUCAAAAAAUGCUUAGAAAUUGUUCUAGAGGAUGAUGGGAAGCAGUUGGAGCACAUUUACAUAGAGAUAACGUGCGCGAGCGAUGCGACCAACAGGUCACAGCUGGUCUGUGUUGUUACCUUUCAUGAUCGCGAUCCGGCAUCUCGACGUCGACGUCGGCUAGUACACCCAUCGCUUUUCACGCCUCUGAAGGAUAGUGGAACAUUGACGCUUAAUAUCUGGACUGGGGAAUUGUGGGAGCCCGGCCCUGGGAUCAUGGACUCGGAGGCGAUUACUAUCGACGCACAGUUCCGUGGUUUGACGACUCUCUACGAACCUAGUAACCUAGAGGCAUUGGAAGCGAAUGUCAUUGCGAUCAUGGGACUCACUCCUUACCCAUAUGCGGUUUGGAUGGGAGAAACUACGGACAGAAUGUGGCUCCGGCAUUUCUUUACAUCCGACUCUGGGGGACCAAACGAGCUAGAGAACUGUCGGACUAUCAUUUUUGGCUAUCACGGGAAUAUUUUCAAAGAGGUGAUGGCUCUUCUGUCCGAUUAUAUCGAUCAACUUGUCGCGGCAAUAACUCGAUUUAUUGAAACCCAUCCCCCGAAACCCAUAAUCCUCGUUGGGCACAGCUACGGUGGCAUAUUAGCCGCCAAUAUGAUACGCCAAAUGUACUUGGAUCGUCACGACAAGCCUAUAAAAAAGCAGGUUUUCGAACUUACGAGGGCCAUGCUUUUGUAUGGGACGCCGCAUAGGGGCAUGUUUACUGCAGAUCUCGAGCCACUCAUUAAGCCUACUCACAAGAAUCGCAAAAAGCUGAUUGAGGACCUUCGCAAGGUGGAUUCUGACCUUCUUGGGCUUUUUACGGAGGACCAACAGCGAUUCGCCCGUGCGCUGCGAGAAGGGAACAUUGCAGUCUACAGCUUUGUCGAAACGGAGAUGACGCAGCAGCUACAAUAUAGUGAAGGCAGCAAUAAGCCACAGCUAUCAGACGAAAAGAAGUACCAAGUUACCAAGGAAAGCGGCUCGCUUUGGUUACAAGAUGAAAUUAGAUAUCCAGCGGACGGAAAAAACCAUCGUAACCUCGUUAAGUUCGACAGUAAAAACGAUAAUACCUUCCAGGAAACAUACAGAUUUUUGCAGCAAUGCUUGACAGACAUUCGAAAGAAUUCGAUGAUGCAGCUCAAAAUUUUGAGUAUUCCUGCGAGUGGGCCUACCGGCAAUUUUGUCCAGCAUGGGGGCACUUUAAACGCCGGCCCAAGAAGUUUGACUUCUGGAGGUUAUCAAAACAACUACACGCACCAUGACAGCCCUGGAGUUCCACGGCUCGGGGGGUCCGCUCAACGGGGAAGUCUCGAGGCGAACAGAAUGAAUGAACCGUCAUAUGCCGAUGCGCGGGGCACAGUUUUCGAUAAACCUGUCGUGGCGCCUCACACACGAACAACGGAGCAAAUCACAUACCCUCUCCCCAGCGCCUAUAUCGAACGGAAGGCUCUGAUCCGGCUUCUCAAAAACCGCUUCGGACGUAAUUAUUCUGUUGACGAGCUACCAAAUUUCUAUAUAAUCUCAGCAGAAAGACAAUUAGAUGAAGGACUUUGGUGCAAAUAG